UAUAUAGGCCUACUUGAGCAUAUUUUGAGCUUAACGAUUCGGUUAUCCUGUUAUUUGAUCAACAGACCUGUACGUAAUGUUUUCCUACCAAAUGGAGAUCGAGUCUUGUGUUAUGUAAACAGUGUAAACACGUUCACAUUCCCGUGCGAAGAAACAUCUCUGGUUUGAGUUCAUGGUUGUCUUCCAAACCUACUGACUGGAACAAGGCGGUUUCCGAGGCAGAGAAGAUUGUCGGGUACCCCACAUCGUUUAUGAGUUUGCGAUGUCUUCUCAGCGACGAACUGUCAAAUGUUGCAAUGCAUGUACGCAAACUUGUUGGAACGCGACACCCUCUUCUAAAAACGGCAAGAGGUCUUGUGUAUGAUGGGAAGUACAGCUUACAAACGCGAGGUCUUAUUAUACUGCUGAUGUCCAAGGCCGCGGGUCCCAGCUCACAGAGUCAUCUGGCCAUGGCUGACCAGAUCGGUGGAAUAUAUCCUAGUCAGAGAUCACUCGCUGAAAUCACCGAGAUGAUUCACACUGCUAAUCUCAUACACAAAGGAGUUGUCAACCUGUCUGACCUUGACCCUGCACUAGAUGGACCUGUCAAGGACAUGGAGUUUGGAAACAAGAUGGCCGUUCUUAGCGGUGAUUUCCUGCUGGCCAAUGCCUGUACUGGUCUCGCGGAACUCAAUAACACUGAGGUGGUGGAGAUUAUCUCCAGUGCUAUUGGAGACUUGAUGGAAGCUGAGUUUACAGGACUUCAGGACAAUAAUGGAGAUGCACUACUUCCAGAUACGGUCUGCUUUGCAGACUGGAAAAAACAAACAUUUCUCUCUUUAGGCAGCUUAUUGGCUAAAGGUUGCCAGGCAGCAAUGGAACUGGCCAGUCACAGUGAAGAUAUAAAACAGCUAGCAUUUGCAUAUGGGGAAAAUAUGACUUAUGCCCAUCAGAUGUAUGCUGACCUUCAGCCAUUUGUGAAGCCCGACAAACACAUAGAACAGUUUUGUAUCACGUCUGCUCCAGUUAUCAAGUAUGUCGAGGCCAAUGGGAGAUCGGUGCUUGAAGAUGACAGAAAGCAAGGACACACAGUUAGUUCUAAAAAGAUAGUGCAGUACGUGCGAGCUAGUCAAGUCAUAGAGGAGUGCAGGUCCUUGGUGCAUGAGUUUGAAACAUCGGCUACGCGGGCUGUCAGUCAGUUUCCCAUGUGUGAGGCAAGGACGGCGCUAGUCAACAUGGUGCAGGCUGCGGUCCGAUCCUGACGAUCAGAAACAGCUGGACACAGUGAUGAAUACUGUAAACAUUACUGUGUGUGAUGUCUCACGUCGGUACAGGCUCACGUAGCAGGGACUCAUCCUUCCAUUGUUGACCAACUGCUAAUUGUUAUAUAAAGUGGUUACAUCAUUUGAUAUUUGGCUAAAAUAAUUUUCGUUCAGAUUUGUCCCAUUUAAAAGAUGUUCUGUGAAGUACUCUAUAGAUCUCAAAAGUGGAUAAAAUAAAAUUCUUUCCUGGGUGAGCACUGACUGCUUGCAGUGAUGUACAUGUUAUGUUCAUCUUUUGUAACAUUAAUAAACUUGUCAACUAA